AGUGUAGGGUUUGUGCGCCUCUUGUACGGACCUCAUCUCUUUGAGCCCAAUGUCCGGUGCCGUCCCAGAACCCACCUUGGGCACAGAUGGAUACCUAAUUUAGAGAGGGAUCAUUUACCCACGGAACAGAAAAGGCUGCCCCUUCCAGGAGCCUUGUCUUCACAGGCCCCUGCUCAGCGCUCUUUUUCGAAUAUUUGAUGUGCUGUAAGCCAGCGUCCUCUGUUUCACAGGAGUCUCUGAGCGUGUAAUCUUUCCCUGGUUCCUUGAGUCCCACUUCUUACGUUGCUAGACCUAUGGCCGUGGCGAUUGUAGGAUUCCUACCAGGGCACUGAACUCUAGGCGGGAAAACGGUAGUUACUGGGUAUACCCUCUGAGAGGGGUACAGGAGGGAUUGGCACCUUUGUAUGUGCAGAAGGGAUGGGAUGAGCUCUCGCGUGAAGUGGUCAGAAUGCGCUGUGGGAUAGUUUGCUGCUGGACAGGUCAUUUCAACCUCUGUCUUCUGUUCUCCACCCCCAACCCCACCCCCCACCCGCCCUGGUCUUCCGCAGCCAACGAGGUUCUUUGUAUUCGUUGCUCUGGGCGGCUGGAGCAGGGUUUUGCUACCGCCACCAGAGGGUUGUGGCUGCCGCGGUAUCCAGGCGCAUCAAUUAGACCUUAAUGCGAGCGGGUCUUCGAGUGCGGCUCCAGCGCACUGGUGGCCCGCCACCGGAGAGCACUUCUCUCCAGCACACUGCCUGGCACAGGGGCCAACUAGCAUUUGCCCCUAUGUGGACAGAAAAUUAAUUUUUAUUAAAGGCUCACAGAAAUCGGGUUCUAUACAGUGCCAGCAGCAGAUGGAGAGUGUAAGUGAUCCAAGCGAGGUCGGUUUAGACAAAGUAGCAUGGUGAUUUUUAAUUUUUUUUUAUAUUCACUUUCUAAGAACUUGGCUGAUUUUGGUAAAAUGACGCCAAGCUAAUUUGUAAAAGCAAGCUCAUUCCAGGCUGCCAUCUUAAAACAAAAUAUUUGAUGGUACUGCUGCUACUGCAAUUUCCCGCAGGCCCUGUGCCACUAACUGAUUUAACUCUCUACUGAGCACCUGCUGUGAGAGAGAACCCUGUGCUAAUCCUGUGGGGCACAACAUCAAGCCAUGACCAUUUGAUGGCAACCACAGAGCGGUAUUGUGAGGUCUGGACCCCUUGAGGACGGGCCGCAGCCCCAGGAGGCGAUACAUGAUCUCUGCUGGGCGGGGCCCAGGCAAAGCCAGUCCACUGUUUGGGACCUGACGGAAGAGCCCCCAAGAAGCCCAGGGGAGACACCCCAGGAGGCUUCUAGAAAUGGACCCCUGCUGCCUUGGUGAUCCUGGGCUGACAGCCAGAGAGCACAGCGGCUGAGCUCCUGGAGAGUGAGGGUUGAAGAACGCGGAGGGCAGCGCCCACGCCCGCGGGCUCCCAUUAGGUCGGUUCCUGCAGCGGUGUUCAGCGGCCUUGGCGAAGGCCCUGCCUGACAGAGAUCAUGUAUUGCCUCCAGUGGCUGCUGCCUGUCCUCCUCAUCCCCAAGCCCCUCAACCCCGCCCUGUGGUUCAGCCACUCCAUGUUCAUGGGCUUCUACCUGCUCAGCUUCCUCCUGGAGCGGAAGCCUUGCACAAUUUGUGCCUUGGUUUUCCUAGCAGCUCUGUUCCUCAUCUGCUAUAGCUGCUGGGGAAACUGUUUCCUGUACCACUGCUCCGAUUCCCCGCUUCCGGAAUCAGCACAUGACCCCAGCGUUGUGGGCACCUAACAGCCUGCACAUUUAGCUUUCUAAGGAAGCAGAAGACGGGAGGGGAGGCAUUGACAUAGGUCAUAAAGCAUUGGAGUUUCAAAUCCCGCAGCCUGCGGGUGCCACAUUCCUGACGGCGCCUUUUUGGCCUGUGAUGUUUUAUCCUUAUAAUGUGAAUAAUAGCACUGACAGGUGCUUUUAUUGUAGAGUCCUAUAGUCGUGGGUGGUCUUGUGGUUGUGUGUGUUCUGUCCCCAUCUUGGUCCCAGCUGUCAAGAUGCACCCCUCCCCCCCCCCCUCGCCUCAUUCCUGCGAGGAGUUUGCACCCAUCCUGAUCAACUAUCCCAGCAUGACCUGGGCAGAUAAAAUGCCAAGUUCAUUGUCACCUCUGUCACUCCCUCCUUGUCAGGGUCUUUUGCCUUCCCAGAAUAUUCCCAAGUCCUCAGUUCCUCUCCUGGUUUCCCUUUAGUUCUCUUCUACCCCUUUCCUUUUUAGGGAGCAUCUGUCCAAGACAGGGCUCAUUUUUGCACUUAUCUCGAAUUUAAAGAGAUUGCUGACGCCCGAGAGCCUCGCUUUUUCAUUCUUCUUUCCCUGAUCAGCAGGCUAGACAGAAACAUGUAUUGACUGACUGUUGUUCACAAAUCUCCAGUAUUUUUUCCACUUCAUUUUUAAGAAAGAAGUAACAGAUACAUGUUGCUCUUUCACCUGGGUGUCUGGGCUCAUGCUCAGCCUCACUCCUUUGUCCUUCCUCCUGCCCUCCUUAGCUGUCCAAAGGGGGCAGGGGGUUGGCCUCAUUGUCUCUCCUGUGCAUGCUCUGCAGGAUUGAGGUGUAGUGUGUUCAUGUAGAUCUAGAGUCCCCAGCCGAGUGAAUGAGAGAGUACUUGUGUGUUUCAAAACAGCCAUGAUCCCUUGAUAGGUAUUUGGAUAUUUUUUGGUGUGCCGUGUGUGUACGUGAACAAAUACAUGUGUAUAUUCCUUUUAAAUAAGCUUUAUUGAAUGUGUCCUGAUUUUGAGGUAUAGCAAUAGCUACUAUAGUAGGUGCCGCUACAGUUUUUAUUUAGCAUGGGAUUGCAGAGUGACCAGCACACUGGACUCCAAGGUGGUUCAGACAAGACAGAGGGGAGCAGUGACCAUCCUCGUGCCAGGAGCUCCUUCCGUCCUGCACAUAUAGACUCUAUGAAGAAUACAAAGAGGAAGACUUGUGACUGUCACUUGCUUUUUUGCUGUUUCUGCGCUUUCAUACAAGUGUUGGCAAACGAGACUUUCUCCUGGCCCCUGCCCACUGGCAGUCGGUAUGGUUGUCCCUCCAGUCUAAACCAUCCAUCUUUCUCUUGCCUGAGCGGGAAGGGAGGUGGGCCAGGCAGAGGACAGAACUGGAGGCAGUCCAUCUAGGAAAUGGGACCAGGAGGCCACACUUGUGGAACAUUUGGACUGCUAUUCUGGAGCUUUUAUUUCUGGUGUGUUCGUUGCACAGCUGUUUGAAAUGUUUAAUAAAGCUUUAUAAACUUUA